AUGAAAUCAGGAUUUAAAAAUGGAUGGCCUUCGAUCGUUCGGUUUCGUCUCAAACACAAAUCAGUGACACCCUUUUGCAUAUUCUCUAAACUGAAAUCAGCUGGAAACAAACCUGGGAAUACUCCUGUUUAUCUCAAUGUCUAUGAUUUGACCACUGUUAAUGGCUAUAUGUAUUGGGCAGGAGUUGGUAUUUUCCACACCGGACUUGAAGUUUAUGGAGUGGAAUAUGCAUUUGGAGCUCAUGACUACCCAACAAGUGGUGUGUUUGAGGUUGAACCUAGGCAGUGUCCUGGAUUUAAGUUUCGAAAGUCGAUUUUCGUGGGAACUACUAGCUUAGAUCCAUUCCAGAUUCGAGAGUUCAUGGAGAACAUGUCUGCAAAAUACAAUGGUGAUAGUUAUCACUUGAUUGUGAAAAACUGCAAUCAUUUCUGUGAAGAUAUUAGUUACAAGCUAACAGGGAAUUCUAUACCGAAAUGGGUCAAUCGUCUCGCAAGAAUAGGUUCCUUUUGCAAUUGCAUACUUCCUGAAGCACUUAAAACUUCUACUGUUCAGCAUGAUUCCAACUGUCAAGAGACUGAUAGUGAAAAAAAGAGACUUCGAACGGCCUUCAGUUGCUUGUCAUCGAUCUCUAUGCCACAAAUGGAAGUACCAAUGUGCUCGUUGUUUCUGCAUUCUCACUAUAAAGGUUGCCUACCGCCGUGGCAGUUAAACAAAUCUAAAAAAGGCUCAUUAAAGCAAAAAUGA